CCACUCUCUCGAUUUCCACCUUUGAGGAAUUCUCAAAUCUCAGCUCCCAUUCCUCAAUUAAUCUCGAUUUCUACUUUUUUCCGCAUAAUUGCAUUCAUCCAUGCAUAAUCUCUGAUCUUGUUAUUCCUCAUAUUUGAUUAGAGAUUCAAGUAAAAAAUAGUUUCUUCUCUGCAUGCGGGCUCGAUUUUACGGGAUUCCCAUUUGUUUUUCUGAACUGGUUUUUUUUUUUCUUUUUUUUUUUUGUUGGUUCUUGUUGAAACGCGCCGACGACGAUGAGAUUCGGUGUUUGAAAUGUAGUGUUUUCCGAUUGGGUAAUGGUACAAGUGUUAAAAGGACUCGACGAAAUCAUUUACAAUCGCAUGAACUGAAGGUGUUUGAUAAAUGUCCGCAGUGAUAUUGUGAUUUGGUUACUUUUGCCAACUUCAUUGCUGGAUGACUAGUCUCAAUAGAAGUAUCUCCUUCAAACACAGGGCUGCACAAAUUAGCAGCCCAAGAUUGAGUCGUAAGAAUUGCAUUUCGUGGUUAUUUCGUGCCCUAAUCGUAAUCGGAUCCUCCAUUUCGUUCUUGCUUGCCACGGGUUGUGGGUACUUGUACGUCCUGCCCAAUCUCACACACGCGUUCCAAGACCACGAUUACCGAUUCCUCACCUCGAAAAAGUGCGAUAUGUACGACGGGAAUUGGGUUGUGGAGGAGAAUAGUAGUUACUACCCCUUGUACAAUUCCUCGGAUUGUCCUUUCGUAGAGCAAGGAUUCAAUUGCUUGGUCAACGGGCGUGUUGACCAGGAUUAUCUAAAGUGGAGGUGGAAGCCGAAAGAUUGCAAUGUUCCGAGAUUUAAUGUUGAGCUUGUUCUGGAAAUGCUUCGGGAUAAAAGGGUUGUUUUUGUGGGCGACUCGAUGAGUAGAACUCAGUGGGAAUCUUUGAUAUGUUUGUUGAUGACAGGUGUCGAAGAUAAGACGAGUGUUUAUGAAGUGAAUGGGAAUGUGAUAACUAAGCAGAUAAGGUUCUUGGGAGUGAGGUUCGGUGAGUUUAAUUUCACUAUCGAAUUUUAUCGGUCGGUUUACCUUGUGCAGCACAAUUGGGCACCGGAAAAUGUACCAAGGAUAGUUAGAUCGACGCUUAGAUUGGAUAAAUUGGAUGAUAUCAGCGAAGAGUGGAUCGACUCGGAUGUUCUGAUUUUUAAUUCAGGUCAAUGGUGGGUCCCGGGGAAGAUUUUCGGGACGGGAUGCUAUUUCCAGGUCGGCAGAUCACUACAACUCGGAAUGUCAAUUACAACAGCCUUUAGAACUGCCUUACAAACAUGGGCAUCUUGGGUUGACAGUACCAUUAAUCCAGAAAAAACCCGCGUCUUUUUCCGAACAUUCGAACCAUCUCACUGGAGGAACCUAACGCUAAGGCAAUGCAACGUGACUAAAUUACCACUUUUGGAAAUCAAAGGAAAGGAUAUCAUCAGCCCUUAUUCGGAUAUUGUAUUGGAUGUGGUAAAAAAUAUGAUGGUUCCAGUUACAGUUGUUCAUAUAACUCCGAUGUCAGCAUCUCGAAGCGACGCACAUGUUGGCACAUGGAGCGACCGCCCGUCUCUAUCUGAUUGUAGCCAUUGGUGUUUACCUGGACUACCUGAUAUUUGGAACGAAAUACUCCUUUCGUAUUUGCUCGACUUUACUGAACCUGAUUAGUAGUGAAAGCAGAUGUAGAGGUUUUAUAUUGCGUCGUUUGUCGAGUUAAUCACUGUUAAAUCAUUUUGGAGUCGGAAAGAGAAGUUUUGAAGAGAUGUGUGUGUAUACUACUGACAAGACAAAGGUCUUGUGGAGAAAAUCAAAGAAAGGGAUAAUAAUGUAGUGUUUCUUUUUGUUGUACCUAGAUGAAACUUCAAUCUAUACUGUUGUAAUUUCUGUCUAUAGCAGGAACCAAAUGCUGAGAAAGUAAAAUUUUGUAGGGGCUGGGGCUGCUUACAAA